AUGGCCAGCAUCUUCAGACCAGCUGCAGGCUGCUUGCGCGCUUCCCUCGAACAGCUUCCCGCCUCUCGAACAAUGCUCCGACAGCCAAACCCGAGACUAUGCAGGCACUUGCACGCAACCACCAAGGCAAUGGCAUCGAGAAGAGGCCCAGUCGGCCCGCCAAAAACAAAGGAUCGCGGCCCGACCAGCAAAGAAGACACGCAAACUGAUUUCGCUGCCAUGAACGUGCUCGGCAACACGCCCGCCCCUACAACCGCCAUUGACGCCUGUGCACACGACGGUUUUGCUCUCAAUUCAGGCCUCAAGAUUGCUGGUUCUGGAGUUAUGCUUGUCGGUGGAGACGCUUUCAAUUGGAAGCCCUGGAUCAAGGAGGGUCGGAAGGAAGGCACCAUUGGCGAAGGCGCCAUGGGCGACGACAACAAGGGUGUUUCCAGCGUUGGAGGCAGCUUGCGCAACAAGAAGGGUCAGUGGGAAGUGGCCGAGCACAGCUGGGGUCUGCUCGAUGCAGUGUGGCCCAAGCCUGGUACGUUACAGAAGUCCCCUUUUCCUGCCAACAUUUCGUGUCUGUGUCGAGCACUCGCUGAUGAUGCUGCGUCUNNAGAUCUACUCAUCCUGGGCACUGGUCCCUCUAUUUUGCCAGUAUCUCCUGAGACGCGAAAGCAUAUCAGCGAUCUGGGUAUUCGCCUCGAGGUUGCAGACACACGUAAUGCUGCCUCCCAGUUCAAUCUCCUGGCCACUGAACGUGGUGUUCAACAGGUUGCUGCUGCUCUGAUCCCCAUUGGUUGGAAGGAGGGCACUCAAUGA